CUUCACACCGUUUCCUACUCCAUUAAAUAUCUCUGCAUCUUCUCCCUAUCCAAAUAGCGACCGACGGCGUGAAACUCAUAAUUAGACCCUUAUAAGUAGCAGCGAUUUCUUUGCUUUAAUCAGGUGGUUGCUUAUUUGUGAUAGUGAAAAUCUGCCAUGGCGCAAGAGUUGGCUGACGGUGAGUUUUGGCUACCACCGGAGUUUCUCAACGACGAGGACAUACUCAUGGACUUCAUUCCUGGAAAACCCAACCCUGCAACUCCCACCGGCGUUUUGAACAAGGGCUCAUACAGUUUGGGGUCGUACGGGCCUAACUCGGAUCUGAGCUCUCCGGUGGAGUCUGUAAUGGGCUCUACUGAGACGGAGAGUGAUGAAGAAGAUUACCUGAACUGUUUGUCCCGAAAGUUCGCUAAAACUACUGUACAAGAUGAUUUCCGGAAAGCAGAUGCCAAUUUCAACUACGAAAACAACCACUCUAAGGGCACUAGGGUUAUGGCGGGUUCGCCGCAAUCAACACUGUGCGGUUGUAAAAGGAGUUCAAGCAGGGGAAGCCCUAAUUGUCCUUCACCGCCGGCCACGGCGACGGUUAACCGCAACGAGGCUUCAUGGGAUCUUCUGUACGCUGCUGCCGGCGAAGUAGCUCGGAUGAGGAUGGUUGAAGAAGCUGCUUCCCGCUACUAUAACCCGAACAAAAAUUACAUGGCUCAACAAGCACCUCGAAGAACAUCAAGCCCUAACCUCAACUAUCAACAACUUCAAGUUGCUCAAUUUCAGCAGUUGAAACAGCAACAAAUGGCGAAGCAGCAUCAGUAUCUGCAAUUGAUGCAACAGAACAGAACAAGGAAUGACUCUGGAAACGGCCGGCCGGUGGCUCCGCCGGCGUCUGCGUGGCCUACCCCUCAACAAUCCCAGCAGCAGCCACAGCAACGACCACCUGGGUCGGGUAUGCGGGCUGUGUUCCUCGGAAACCUCACCACCAAACGAGAAUCCACUGGUACUGGUGUUUUCUUGCCUCGCCAAAUUGGAGCUCCAACCGAGCCUCUCAAGAAACGAGGAUGUUCGACAGUUCUACUUCCCGAUAGAGUUGUUCAGGCUCUGAACUUGAACUUGGAAGCCAUGGAAGCUGAGUCUAAGCUUCAAUCUCGUUGCAAUGGAGGACCUCUUGCUUCUGACUACGACGCCGAGAUGAUGUACCGGAGUAGCGUUAUGAUGGCCCAACAGAGGCGAAACACCCACCGUCAACAACCGGCAUCAAAGGCGGAAUUCCGGCUACCUCAAGAAUGGACCUAUUGAAGAAUCCAAAUAGUAGUUUUAGCAAAAAAAAUAGUAUAAUAUAGUAUAGAAGAUGAUUUUAAGAAUGGGAUUUGUUUUGUUUUUUAGUGUUUGAACGAAUGAAUCAAAAAGGAGGAGGGAUGAUGAAUAAAGAAAGUGUUGGUGGGUGGGGUGAUAGGAGAAGCAAAAAUGCUCCGUUUUGGGUUAGAAAGGAGGGUUUUGUUUAUUUUAAGAAUAAGGUGAUCAAGGUUUAGAUUUAGUAGAAGGUGAAAGAAAGUCAAGCACAAUGUACAAGUUUUUAAUCCAUGAGGU